AUGGAACCAAGGAACCAAACAAGACUGCUUGAAUUUAUCCUCCUGGGGCUGUCAGAAUAUCCAGAACAGGAGACUCUCCUCUUUGCUCUGUUCCUCUGUAUGUAUGUGGUCACGGUAGUGGGUAACUUGUUGAUCAUCCUGGCCAUCAGCUCAGACUCCCACCUCCACACUCCAAUGUACUUCUUCCUGGCCAAUCUCUCCUUGGUUGAUUUCUGCCUGGCCACCAACACUGUCCCCAAGAUGCUGGUGAACAUUCAAACCAAGAGCAAGUCAAUCUCCUAUCCCUGCUGCCUGACUCAAAUGUACUUUUUCCAUUUCUUUGGCAUCAUGGACAGCGUUUUAAUUGCUGUGAUGGCUUAUGACAGGUAUGUGGCUAUAUGUCACCCUUUACACUAUACCACCAUCAUGAGCCUGCGCCUCUGUGGCCUGCUGGCUGGUGGCCCAUGGGUGUUUUCCUGCUUGAUCUCCCUCACCCAUAUCCUCCUGAUGGCCCGUCUGGUUUUCUGUGACAACAACGAGUUGCCUCACUACUUCUGUGACCUCACUCCCCUUCUCAGGCUUUCUUGUACUGACACCUCUGUGAACAAGAUCUUUGUGCUCAUCGUGGCAGGGGUGGUGAUAGCCAUGCCUUUCAUCUGCAUCCUGGCGUCCUAUGCUCACAUUAUCGUGGCCAUCCUAAAGGUCCCCUCUGCAGGGGGCAGGAAGAAAGCCUUUUCCACCUGCAGCUCCCACCUUUCAGUAGUCACACUCUUCUAUGGGACCACCAUUGGGGUCUAUUUGUGUCCUUCAUCUGUGCACACAGCUAUGAAGGAGAAAGCAUCUGCGGUGAUGUACACUACGGUCACCCCCAUGUUGAACCCCUUUAUCUAUAGCCUGAGGAACAAAGAUCUCAAAGGGGCCCUGAGGAAAUUCAUCAACAGAAAGAUCAUCUCAUCUUCCUAA